CAAUUGAUCCCAGCACUUCUACCAUGGCGCUUCCCAUUUUCAAGAGCCCGUUCAUACGUAACAUACGAAGGAGACCUUUGUCGGUGAUUGUUCCGAUAAGUGUGAUUUUGGUGAUAUACUACCUCUUUUUCAGUGCUCCUUCUGUGUCUACCAAAACCACCCCCAAGUACAACUACAACAAGAUCUCCAAGGGGUGGUUUGCUAAGAACAGAGAUUCUGUGAUUCUUCAGAACUUGCCCAAGAACCACAUCAGCCACUAUGACUUGAACAAGUUGACCAACUCGCCUGACGCGUUGGCUCAGCAAGAGGAGGUGUUGCUCUUGACCCCCAUGUCUAAGUUCGUUCCCGAGUACUGGAACAACAUCAACGCGUUGACCUACGACCACUCGUUGAUCACCUUGGGGUUCAUUCUUCCCAGAAACACCGAUGGAGAGGUUGCGUUGAAAGCAUUGGAGUCCUCUAUCAAGGACCUCCAGUCUAAGAACAAGUUGAACUACAAGAAGAUCGUGAUCUUGAGACAGGACUCUAACUCGUUGGAGAGCCAGAAGGAACAGGACAGACACGCAUUGAGCGUCCAGAAGGAGAGAAGAGGCAUGAUGGCCUUGGCCAGAAACUCAUUGGUUUUCACAGCGUUGUCUCCCGACCACUCGUGGGUCUUGUGGUUGGACGCAGACAUCGUCGAGACUCCUCCUACUUUGAUCCAAGACUUGACGAUCCACAACAAGCCUGUUCUCUCUGCCAACGUGUAUCAGAAAUUCAUUAACAAGGAGACCAACCAGGAGGAAAUCAGACCUUAUGAUUUCAACAAUUGGGUCGAAUCCGACGAGGGUUUGGCCAUCGCCGCCAACAUGGCUGAUGACGAGAUUAUUGUGGAAGGUUACAGUCAAAUUGCCACCUACAGACCUUUGAUGGCUCACUUCUACGACCCCAACGGUGACGUCUCUACUGAGAUGCCUUUGGAUGGUGUUGGAGGUGGUGCUGUAUUGGUUAAGGCCGAUGUUCAUAGAGAUGGUGCCAUGUUCCCAUCGUUUCCAUUCUACCACUUGAUUGAGACCGAAGGUUUUGCCAAAAUGGCCAAGAGAUUAGGGUAUGAGGUCUUCGGAUUGCCCAACUACUUGGUCUACCACUACAACGAGUGAACUCUAUUUAGUUGAUUAUGUAUUGUAAUUGCAUUUGAGUUAUUUUGCGUAGUAAGGAAGACUGAAGACUAUGUAAGACGUUUUAAAAGGGUCUUAUUAACCUGAAUCAAGGAAUUCGAGCUACUCUCCAAGUUACUCCGAGUCUGUUUUCUAAUUCAAUCGAGCUAAUUCGGACAAUUUUACGUUAAUAUAAUUUUUGGCUUUGGUAUUGAUACCAUUAUUGGUAGCCUUCCUCUACUCAUAAUUGAUU